AUGGCGUCAGCAUCCUCUUCGAUCGCGCUUUCUUGCAGCGGGCCUCACCACUGUCAUUUUGUCGAGCUGUCGCUCCGGUUCCCUUCAGCCGUCACGGCAGCGCAACUCCCACCAAUCCACAUUGUCACCCUCUCGCACAACCACUACGACCACAUGGACAAGCAUAGCAUCAAGGCUGUUGUGGCCCGCUUCCCAGAUGCCCAGUUCGUCGUGCCGCUGAACCUGGACCUCUUCCCCCGGAAGUGGGGGGUGCCGGUCGCGUCUAUCAUCACGCUUGACUGGUACGAGGCGUGCGAGGUGAAGGGAGUCCGGGUGGGUUGCACGCCGGCUCAGCACCGGAGCAAGCACAGCACCUUCGACGACAAGGAGGUGCUGUGGUGCGGCUGGUGUGUCGGUUGGCAGUCAGGCAAGCAACAGCCACAGCCGGCCUCCACGAGCGAGAAGCCCACCCUCGUCCCCUUCAGCUGGACCUGGUCUAGCUCUGAGGUGGCGACGGAGGCACAGCAAACAAACGGAUAUACGAAGUAUUUCUUCACGAGCAACAUGGCGUACAACCUGGACGCCUCGACAAGCAUCUACGCUCACUUCGGCGCGAUGGAUAUGGCCGCGCUCCCGAUCGGCGCCUAUUCGCUGCGGUGGUUCAUGGCGCGCGCCCACGUUGACUCAGAGUACGCUGUGCAGAUCUUCUAGGACCAGCGCAUACAGCAGGCCAUAGCGGUGCACUGGGGUACCUUUGAGCUCGCCGACGAGCGGCUCGAUGAACCACCGCGCGCCAUACGCGACGCCCUUAAGGCGGCCCGUAUCGGCGAGGAUAGGUUUCGGGCACUUCCCAUGGGCGGCUUCAUAGGGUUUUGGCGGC